CGGCACGCAGCGCGACGUGCCUGGCGCGGGGCGGGGCGGCGUCGUGCGCGGGCGCGGUGUGAGGCGCGGGGGGAAGGAGCCCGGCCCUGAGGGGAGCGGCGGCGACCGCGGCAGCUCACCCGGCCUCGCUUCACCGCGCCGGGGCUCCGCGCCCGGCCCUGCAGCCUUCACCGAGGAAGCGGGGAGGCGGUGGAAAGACAAGCGAGCGCAGAGCGGUUCGCGGGUCCCGCCGCGGGGAGCGGAGCGAGCGCGGGGCGGCGGUGGAGGCUCCUCCAUCAUGUCGGCGGGCGGGGACUUCGGCAACCCGCUGCGGAAAUUCAAGCUGGUGUUCCUGGGCGAGCAGAGCGUGGGGAAGACUUCCUUGAUCACCAGGUUCAUGUAUGACAGCUUUGACAACACCUACCAGGCAACAAUUGGCAUUGACUUCUUAUCGAAAACCAUGUAUCUGGAGGAUCGAACAGUACGGUUGCAAUUAUGGGACACAGCAGGUCAAGAACGGUUCAGGAGCUUGAUUCCUAGCUACAUUCGUGACUCCACUGUUGCAGUUGUUGUUUAUGAUAUCACAAAUGUAAACUCCUUCCAGCAAACAACGAAAUGGAUCGAUGAUGUCAGAACGGAAAGGGGCAGCGAUGUCAUCAUCAUGCUGGUGGGAAAUAAAACAGAUCUAGCAGAUAAGAGACAAGUGUCCAUUGAGGAAGGAGAAAGAAAAGCCAAAGAGCUGAAUGUAAUGUUCAUCGAAACUAGUGCAAAAGCAGGAUACAAUGUAAAACAGCUUUUCCGACGUGUGGCAGCUGCCUUGCCUGGAAUGGAAAGCACACAAGACAAAAGUAGAGAAGACAUGAUUGACAUAAAACUGGAAAAGCCUCAAGAGCAGCCUGUCAGUGAAGGAGGCUGUUCCUGCUAAUACCAUGUGGCUUCUACCUUGCUCCAGAACAUCACUGCUUUCCCUCCCUUUACUCUUCAUUGACUGCAGUGUGAAUAUUGGCUUGAACCUUCCCCUUUCAGUAAUAACGUAUUGCAGUUCAUCAUCGCUGGCUGUCUCGUGGAGAUGAUCUAUUAGCUUCACAAGCACACACACACACACACACACACAAAGAUGUCAGUGUCUUCAUUAUUUAUAAGAAAAAACAAAAAAAGCCAAAAUAUUCCAGCAUAUUCUAGUUAUAACUUUAAAAAAAAAAACCCACAAAAAAAAAAUAGGUACAAUUUCUUAAUAUUUGUUCCUUUUUUUAAUAUGUUAUGAUAUUGCACUUUGAAAUGAUGGCAACCGAGGAAGUUUGGCAUUGGACUUAGAGGAGAUGUACGUGCAGAAGAAUGUUUGGGAAUCUCAAACCCGUUUGAUUUCUCUUUAACAACCUGGCAAUGACUUAGAGAGCAGUCAGGAAUGCAAGAGGAGGGUUAAAUCCUUAUCCUUAUCAUAAUAAUAAUAAUAAAAGAAUUAAACCCAAGCUCUUAAAUCUUUUAAGCAGAGAUUGACUGGUUUUCAAACCCCCCCCACCCCAAUUGGGAACCACAACCUUAAAGGGGGGUUUCAACACCACCAAAGGAUUUUUGAGCUCUCGCAGAGGCAACGUGAACACAGUUCCAAGAGAGCAUCUGGAGAACACACAAAGCGUCUUUGGGAACGGGCUGAGUGGCUUCUGGAGGUCCUGGGGGGGAAGGAAAGGGUGGAUGUGCGUUAGCAAAACACUUGCAGGAAACAGGGAAAUCAUAUUUGGAGUGCAGGAUGAGUUUUAAGAGCAUUUUGGUUUUCCUUUUGACGUAGGACACCGAUGACUUAGUGCUGCCCGAGAGAUGGGAUCGGAACGGUUCAGUCUGGAGGAGAAAGCGUUUGAAUUCUUUAUUCUUUUUCAUUUUAGGGGAAAUAGGAAGUGAAUUCAGGACUGGCACUGCCGGAAUGGGGUGAAACCUUUCAAAUUGAGCAGGAAUGAGGAAGGAGCAGGCGGAUCACCCAGCGGAGAGGCUGCGGUAACACACCAGUCCCCGGCCGGGACAGAGAGGAGGCAGAAGGGGGGAUUACUGCACCCCUUUCCCAUAGGAUUCUGAUAGGUCGGCAGGGGAAGGGGCAUUUCCUACAGCUAUCUAGUUGAGAGCUCUUAGAUUGAAGGGAAAGGAGUUGAAUAGAAUGGAAACCAACUUCUGAUUAUCCAGAUUUAUGCCUUUAAUUUUUUAGCUCUUUUUUACGUUCAGUCUUCCAAGUUUGCUUUAGUUUGGUUCAUUAGAGCUGUAUAGUUUGGGUCAAUACUUCCGAAUAUCAUGUUCGAUUUCCUUAGGCUUACAAAUAACCCUUUUUUUUUUUUCCCCUUGGAUAUUUAUUUCUUUGCUUCCUUUUAUACUCUUUUUCUGUCUCGUUUCGCCGAGGAAUCUGUUUUAGAGCUUUGCUGAUGUUUGCGAGAUGUAGCUACCCGAGAAACACGGAGUCCAACACACACUAGAAGUGCACCCUUGUAAUCUUUACUAGUCAUUGUGAAGUUGCUGUGUAAGUUACUAAAACCACAAUUGUAAAUACAUUUGUUUGCUGGGGCCAAUCUGGCUGAGUUACAAGUGCAGGAAGGAAUUCUUGAGUCUGUGUUGCGAUUGCUACCUUCAAGCCUGACAAUUGCAAGUGAAUAUUCAGGCUCCUUCUUUGUUCUCUUCUACCCCUUUAACCAGCUUAAAGAUAACCAACUGGGGAAAGAGAAAAGGGAAUCGUCCUCACCACCACUUUCACCAGGAAACGGGGUAGGAAAUGUGGAAUUCUUCAUUCCUGAAGGGAAUGUUAGGCUUGUGCCCUGCCCUGGGUUUCUAGCGGCUCUGCACAAUAAUAACUUAAAAGGCAGAAUUGAGAUGUAAAGUGCUUUUAUAAUGCAAUAUUAAAGGCGAGUUUUUUUUUGACGUGGCAUGUCUUGAAAUAAACAUCAAUGAUAUGUGACAAAGGAGCAUUCUUUCUUUCACAAGAGAACUCCUGGGGGGGAAGGAAACCUGGCUGCCUUUCCUGUAUUGUGCUGCUCUCAACUGUGCCAAACCCCUUCGUUUCGCUGCUUUUUCGCUUUGGUUUCCUUUGGGGGUUUGUUUUUCCUUUGGUUCUUCAUGCAACUUCCAUUGGUUGGUCCUCAUUUUCCACAAGCACAUCCUCCGUUUGCCAUCGUUCCAAGCUUUAAGCACUGGAUUUGCAAGGAGCUGGUUUAGCACAUCCCAGUGAUGCGCAGCUCGGCUGCGCUUAGUGGAGCUGCUUGAGGACUCUCCUGGCUGCGUGGCCAGGAGCAGGUUUGUCCAAUGGACCUGUUAUAUUUUGCUCUAAAUAAAAAGGCCUCAAAAGGCCUCUUGAUUCCAUGAUUCCAUGAAGGAGCCGUAGCCACGAGCUCGUGUUCAGCCCAGGAACAAGGAUGAGCCGCUGCUGUUCGGCAUUUCUCCCCCAGGAGACCCUGAGGUCUGCUCAGGACAGGCAGGUACAUCCAGCACCAUCCUUGCUGACAGUGCUUAACGUGACGACGGGCCUCCAUCCUCUCCCAAUCCCACUUUUCCAGAGGGAAAACCACUUCCAACGUGAGCACAGCAGCAACUCAGCCUGGUUGGUUUUCUUUUGCGCCAUAAUUCCCCGCGCCAUCCGUUUAUCAGGGUUUAGGUUUGAAGUUGAUUUUGCUCCAUGGACAUGGUAGAACCACAGGAACAGACUUUUCUUACUGCUGCCUUUGUGAACAGUGAAGGUUUCUGCUCUGUUUCGUUUCUCCUCCCCACUCUGGCUUGAUCCUUGUACAGUCCAUGACGCAGCUAUUCCAUUACUCACUUUUUGUCUUGAUAACAAGUAGUUGAAGAAAUUGUAUAAGGGGAAAAAAAGGUUCCUUUUCUUCAUGUUGGAAUGUCACUGGUACCUCAGCUCUGUUUGAUAAAUGAAACAACGACAACAACCAAGUUCCUUAGCGCUUGAACUAAAUAAAUACCUGUCUCAUUGGAAA